AUGGGAACCAUGCUUCUCCCAGGACCGCUGCUGCCUGCCGGAAGCUCUCUAGGUCUUCUAAUUCAUCCUUGGAUCUCAGUAGUUCCUUCGUUGGCGCUUGGCGGCCUCCCACUCGCUGCCGGAAGCUCAGAAAGAAAAGCAGUGGGCCUCGGCAUCGUCGACGAGCUUGGUGGCCAGUAUGAAGAGGGUUUCAAUGAUGUUCAUAUCCAACUUAUUAAUUAUUUUACAUACAAAGCUUCAAGGACUGUACUUCAUCAGCUCUAUGAAAUGAAUCCGCCAAAUUAUAGAUGGUUUUAUAAUUUUUUGGCAACAAACAAAGCCAAUGAUGGUAAGCGUUUUCUGCGUCAACUUGGAAAGGAGAAACAAGACCUUGCAGAAAGAGUGAUGAUAACCCGUCUUCAUUUAUAUGGUAAAUGGAUCAAGAAAUUGGAUCAUGCGAAGAUGUAUCAACAAAUAUCGGACGAGAACUUGCAGUUGAUGCGUGAACGGUUAAUUGAAACAGUCAUUUGGCCAUCUGAUGACACAAACACAGAGAAAAUUGGGUGAUAGGAUUGACAUGCAGCAGGGUUGUUCUUCUCCUAUUAAUUUGAUUAGUUAAAGUCUUGGUUCAUACUUCAUAUUGAAUCUCAAUCUCCACUGUCGUUACAAGCGUUCAUAUUGUAUGUUAUUUUAUUCAAAGCUAAUAAGCAAACCAAGAAAAUAGUUUCUAGAAUGAGAAGCUCAUGUUCUUAUAUUAAACACAACUCUGUAUAUAUAUAUUUUUAGAUGCUAGCAUGAUUCACCUUUUUG